AUGUCCGAUCAACAGCAGUACCCUACAAACCUCAAGCUCUUGCUCAUUGGCAACUCGAGCGUCGAUGACGACUUCUUGUCCGAGGAAGAGACGACCGCGACCAUCGGCGUCGACUUCAAGGUCAAGAGCAUAGAGCUCGACGGACACAGGUACAAGCUCUCGGUCUGGGACACUGCGGGUCAAGAACGUUUCCGGACGCUCACGUCGAGCUACUAUCGUGGAGCCCAAGGUGUUGUCCUCGUUUAUGACGUCUCGUCGCGCAACUCGUUUGACGAGCUCAUCAAGUGGUUCCGCGAGAUUGACACGUACUGCUCCGAGGACGUUGUCAAGAUUAUUGUCGGCAACAAGGUUGACAAGGAGUUCUCCAGACAAGUGACCUCCGAGGAAGGCCAGGCCUUCGCCGACCGCAUGGGCACGCUUUUUGUCGAGUGCUCUGCCAAGACAAACGUCCACGUUACAGACGCCUUCCAGGAGCUCGUCCGACGCAUCCUCGCCACCCCAUCCCUCUGGACACGCGGUCCGCAGCCCGUCCGCAACCCCCAGUCGGUCAUUGCGCUGGGCGACGACUCGGCGAGCGGCUACGGCGGCCCUCCAACGUACCCCACAAGCAAUCUAGACGUCGACGUCGGCGUCGACCUCGAUCUAGAAGUUUGGUUGCCAAGUCAAGUAACGCAGCGCUUGGCCCUAGACGGACCCGAUAAACUCUCCGGCAACGUGUGCGUGUCCCGUUCACCAAGAGAACACCUUGCAUGUCCGAACUACCCUGUUCCCGAAGGCAAGUGUGUUGUGUACGACAAGAUUGCGCCGCAUGGUCCCGAGAUCCAGAAGAUCUGCGUACAGGAGCCACCGAACCCCUUCCUGCCGCCCAGUAAGACCGACACCGCCGGACAUCCUCCUCGCCCCCAUCAAAACCCGGAUACGAAUAAAGUGGCGCGAUGUGGUGCUUACGGAUCAUGGGCAUUGAGCCACAAGGUUGGUGACCGUCGGCGAUCAAUUGACCGACCCGGCUUUGUUCUGUGCCCGCCGGCGGCUUUCAACGAAGGGUAA